CCUAAACUAUCCCCCUUUGUGAGCUCAAGAGAGAAUCAGAGAAAGCGAAGUUGAAUCAACGAAACGAAGACAUCCACUCUAAGAAAGGCAAGGGAUUUGAAAAUGUCAAUUGCAUCCACGUCUACUACUUCUUCUUCUCUGGCUGAUCCAGCUUUCAAAAUAUAUAGACGCUACAAAUACAAGUGUGAAGGUGAUUGCGAUUGGGGUGAUGAGGAAGACAUAUUUCGAAACAAAAUUAUGUAUUUGGGGAAUGUUGAUGAAUCAUCACCGCCACCACCACCUUUCGUUGUUCUCGUUCAAGGACCUCCCAAUGUUGGGAAGUCCCUGCUGAUUAAAUCUCUAGUCAAAUAUUUUGAUCCCAUGAAAGAUAUCACCAAUGGCCCCAACAUCAUCAUAACAGGAAACAUUCGAGUUUCUUAACCUUUUACAAGCCCACGGCCUUCCAAAGGUUAUGGGUGUUCUUACACAUCUCGA